GCGGGUCCUGACGCCAUAGUUGUCAAUACAGAAGACAUUUAAACUGUGAGCUGUCACAAAGCGAAACAAGCUGGAGAACCGGGUUAAGAGGCGUGUACGGCGAUGCUGAGAGAUGCAGCAUGUGUCUAAAAGGAACAUCAAGCCCCGUUCUGUUGGAGAAGGAGUCGUCUCCUUGAUGUCCAUCAGGAAUGGAGGACCAGAGCUGAACUUCACGGAGACACUCCCUACAGAGAUGAGUGUGAGGAUCUUCAGCGAGCUGGACGUGAGGAGCCUGUGUCACGCCUCGGUGACAUGCAAACACUGGAACGUGAUCAUCAAGGAAAGCGAUAACCUGUGGAGGAACCACUGUCUGAGCUGCGUCUGUCACAGGGAGGUGGACGGGGACCGGAGCGAUGGACUGUCCUGGAAGGUGACUCUGGUGCGUAAUUACCAGAAGAGCUGUGUGAAGAGAAGAUGGUUAAAGGGAAAGUACAGCAACGUCCGCUGUGCUGAAGAUCUGCCCCCAAACAGCAUGUGUCCUCUGGAUGUAGAGACCUGGGGGGAAAUCCUGGAGGCAGAGCUCGAGAGAUAAAGAACACAGAUGUUUACAGUGUUGAUGAAAUGCUCUACCGACUACCUCCUGAGCACAAACACGAGCACUUGCUUUUGCUCUUUUUAUGUAAUGAUCGUGUAUAUUUUUUUAAAACGUAUUUAAAGAGUCCGAUUUGUGUUAGAGACUGAUUGAUGAAUGUCAUAACUGCCAGGAAGUUGGUGUGAGAAAUGAUCUUAUUCAUAUGCUUAGUCAGGACAGACUCUCUUUAUGUCGAUUGUGAGAAAAUUGUCAGAAAGGAGAGAUGAAAUUGUAAGUCAAAGAUUGCAAAAUGGAACACGUAUCAUUUCCUUUUAUAAUUUGUUCCAUCAGCAAUGACAGCUGAACUUUUCUUAUUUGUAAGUUUGUUCGUUUUUAUAAUCAUUAUUAUUGAGUGGGUUUUUUUUUAAAUGUAAUAUAUUACCUAUAUGUUAAAUUAUCUCGCUGAUCUUCAUAUCAGAUGGUGUCACUCAUAUUGCUGUGUCAACUAAAUGAAAAAAUAAAAACACAAUAUACUAC